AUGACAACUCUUGAAGACAAAGCUCUUUGGGGUCAAAACGAGGAUGGUCUUGAAGAUCUCGGGCAAGAGAUUUUGAAGUCCAGCACCGAUGAUAUUAUCAAUCGCACGCGCUUACUCGAGAAUGAAAUUAAGGUGAUGAAAUCAGAGCAUAUGCGGUUGAUGCAUGAACAGAAUAGCAUGAAAGAAAAGAUAAAGGAUAACAGAGAAAAAAUAAAAGUCAACAAACAAUUGCCAUAUCUUGUGGGGAAUGUUGUCGAGGUAUUUAUCUAA